GACGGACGCUGUGUGGACUCGGGCCACCACAAGGCCGAUGUCCCCCGACAUGCGCAUGGACCCACCUUACGAUGACGGCACCGGCAGUUCGGAAGCAGGUGACGAUGACGGCCAGGCGGAGCAGGGAAGUGGCGUUCCCAUGACGGCACAAUCGAUGGGCGAGCAUGGCGAUGUGCACAGCCGGGGUGGAGCAGCUGAGACGGUCACCGGGCGGCCUGCGAAUGGUCGCCCGCUGUGUCAAAAGAAACAAAACGUGCCGUGGAAGUUGGAUGAGCGGAUAAAGCUCGCUCUUUUGAUGGGUGAGGAUGAUGCCCUUAUGGCGGAUGCUCAUGGCCAACACCGUUUCAAGCAGAGGAAGGAGCGGUAUGAAUGGGUGAAGGACAGGAUGAAGGACGCCAGCUUCAAACACAGGAGCGCUGAAGACUGCCGCAAGAAGUGGUCGAACACGCUGCGGACGGCGAAGCUCAUCGUCGGAAAGUGUGAACUUCAAGCAUCUGGUCAGUCGUCGUAUUGGGAUCUGUCUGUGGAGGAGCGAAAGGAGAAGAAUCUCCCACUUUCGUUUGAGAAGGCGUUGUGGGACGCUAUGCAGUGGCAGCUCAAUCGGUCGUCGAUGAAGUGUGACAAUACAAUGGCUUCAGAGAACCUGAUGGCGGGGAGUGUAGAUGCAUCGACGAGUGGAGUAUCGGAGGAGAUAUGUGCCGAGGACUCGGACAGUGCUGUGAAGAAGAGGCAAACGGCCAACGGGAAGGCGCGGAAGGAAGAGGCGAGUAGCAGUGUCAGCCCGUUGGGGAGGGUCAUGGAAGAUUCGACUCGCUCUUACUGUGAUGGCCUGGACAAAGCGGCCAGCACUCUAGCCAAAGCCACCGCAGACGCUGGCACUGCAAUCGUUGUUCGGAUAAGAGACGUGGCUGAAGCAAUGCGGGGUGGCAAGACCGUCCUGGAAUUGCUGGGGGCGGUUCUCGCCCGCAGGGGGGCGAAUGGAGGUCCUGGUGGCGAAGGUGGGCGGGAAACGGACCCAUCAUCGCCGUGAUGUAUAUAUAUAUAGAUGUAUAUAUAUAUAUAUAUAUAUAUAUAUAUUUAUUCGCAUGGCCCUCCUGACGGUUGUUCUCUGAUGACGGGGACAUGUGCACGGCUUCCCACGGCCGUUCGGUUCUCGCUCAAGGACAACCAUUCGGGGGACGACGUCCCCCAAAUGGUUGUCCUUGAGCGAGAACCGAACGGCCGUGGGAAGCCGUGCACAUGUCCCCGUCGUCAGAGAACAACCGUCAGGAGGGCCAUGUAUAUUCGCAUGGCCCUCCUGACGUUCGUUUUCCGGCGACGGGAACAUGGGCACAGUCAUCCGGUUCUCGUCCAAGGGCACACGCUCGAAGGGAGGAGGGGUCCAUGGAAUACCCCGACAGCGCACCGCCUAAUCC